AUGGCGAUUUUAUUAUUCACCUUUGUCCUCGGAUGUAUCGUGGCGGCAUAUAUUUAUCUAACCAAAAAUCAUAACUACUGGCGUGACCGUAACAUUCCGUGCGCGAAGGGCACACUUCCAGGAUUCGGGCAUACAUUGCCGUUGCUUGUCAUGCGAACAACUCUGGGUGAUCUCGUUCAACGGAUCUGUGACCCUUAUCCUGAUCGCAGUAUGGUAGGUUUCUACCAUCAGACGACACCUGCGUUGGUGAUUCGCGAGCCGGAACUGGUAAAGACUGUCCUGCAGACCAACUUCGCAAGUUUUUCCAGGAACACUUGGAAAAUCGAUCCGCAUCUGGAUCUUCUGAUCGCUGCGAACCCUUUUUUCUGCUACGACGAUACAUGGUUGAUAGGCAGGAAACACAUAGGUCUCGCAUUUACUACCAGAAACUUGAAAAUCUUUUUGAACUGCAUCCAGCAGGUAUGCAACAAUCUCGAAAAUUAUCUGAACGACAAGCUAAAGGCGAAUAAUAACACGAUAGAACUCGAGCUAAGUAGUCUGGCCUGCAGAUAUACAACUUCAGUGGCGGCUUAUACCAGUCUCAGCAUAGAAAAUGUGAGCUUCGAACACAAAUCAGACGUGACGUCA